GGACCUCAGUGGUUAUAACUAGGGGUGUGUGCUUGCGGUAGGCGGAGUGUGCUGUUUACCCGACUAUACAAAGCUGUACCUUUUAUCCGGACUAACUUUCUUGGAAAAUAUAUGUCUGAGCACGUUUAAGUGGGUCCAUUAUUUUAAGCGUUUGGGGGUCUGGAGGAGGCCUUUUGAACUCUGUACGAAUCAUCAUUCUAAUUGAAUGGGUGGGGUUAGUAGUGAACGCUCCCGAACUGAAGUUUUCCUAGCGGUGCACAGUUGACCGGUGUAGAAGUUUGGAUACGCGACAGUGAGGUGCCGUGAGACCGCCGCCGGGUGUGCGUGAAGCGGGGGGAGGUGCCAGUGGAGUAGGUGGAGUUCUCUCGCGUGUGUCGGAGAGUCAGCUGGGCGAGGACCUUGUGGACGCUGCCGCAGCGGGAAUGUGGCCGUAGGAGACUAUAGGAGUUCAGCCUGAAGUUGCGUUCGUCGAAGGCGCUGCAUCGCGAGUAAAAAACGCUGUUAACUGUGGUUUAAUCGUCUGCACACAGAAAGACUUCGCUUGAAGGAUUUGUGGCAACAAUCAGAAGUGAAUGUGAUAUCCAGGAGAGAGAGAGAGAGUCAGAGUUUGAAAGUGUCUAACAUGGCUGUGGCUGGAUGUCCGGAUUAUUUUCUACACCAUCCAAACUACCAGCAGGACAAUGUAGACCGGGCCUCCAAUCACAGACCAGCGGAUCUAAUUGGGCCAAGUUUCCAACAGUCAUCCAAUCGGAACUCUCCCAGCCAUCAAGAGGAUGAUGUUGACCUGGAGGCGCUGGUAAAUGACAUGAACUCGUCCUUUGAGAGUCUGUAUUCGGCGUGCAGUGUGCAGUCGGAGUCCGCACCCCUCCUGCAGAACGGUCAAGUGCAGAGGCCAAGUGCAGCGGCCCCGCUGCCACCCACGUCCCCCCGACAGCAAGUCAAACGCUCUCAGCCCAUGCACAUUCUUGCUGUGAGGAGACUUCAGGAAGAGCAGCAGCAGCUGAGGACAUCUUCUCUGCCCGCAAUCCCAAACCCGUUCCCAGAGCUGUGCAGCCCAGCCAAUUCCCCUGUCCUCAACCCUGGCUCUCUGCCUAAGUGCCAGCCCUCUGACCAGCACAUCAUUAAAGUUUUCAGCGAAGACGGCACACGGAAAGUAGUGGAGAUCCCAGCAGACAUGACGGCUCGAGACCUCUGCCAGCUGCUGGUGUACAAAAGCCACUGCCUGAAUGACAGCAGCUGGGCAUUGGUGGAGCAUCAUCCGGUCCUGGGGCUAGAGAGGUGUCUUGAAGACCACGAGAUGGUGGCACACGUUCAGGCAGGGAUGACAAGCGAAAGCAGGUUUCUCUUCAGGAAGAACUACGCCAAAUAUGAAUUCUUCACAAAUCCCUUGACCUUCUUCCCGGAGCAGAUGAUUGCAUGGUGUCAGGAGACUAGCAGCACAAUUCCACCUUCACAGCUUCUACAGAACUUCUUGAACUCCAGCAGUUGUCCUGAAAUUCAGGGCUUCCUUCAUGUGAAGGAGAUGGGCAGGAAAUCCUGGAAGAAGCUGUACGUGUUCUUAAGACGGUCAGGGUUGUACUAUUCAACAAAAGGAACAUCAAAGGAGCCCAGACACCUGCAAUUGCUCUCAGACCUCGAGGACAGCAACAUCUACACCGUCAUAACUGGCAGGAAGCUACACAGUGCACCAACUGACUUUGAGUUCUGUAUAAAGCCCAAUAGAGUGCGGAAUGAGGGGAAGGAGUUGCGGAUGCUGUGUGCAGAGGACGAGCAGAGCCGGACCUGCUGGAUGACCACAUUCAGACUUUUCAAGUAUGGCAUGUUGCUGUAUCAGAACUACAAGAUCCCCCAGCAAAGAAAGACCCUGUUGUCUCACUUUUCCACACCGGUGCGAAGUGUCUCAGAGAAUUCUCUGGUUGCCAUGGAUUUCUCAGGGAGAAUAGGACGGGUGAUUGCGAACCCUCUGGAGGCUCAGAGCGCUGCCAUGGAGGAAGGGCAGGCAUGGAGGAAGCGAAGCCAGAGAAUUAAUGUACUCGGAAGCCCCAGUCCACUCUAUCCCUCUCUUAGCACAGUCAUUCACAGAACACAGCUGUGGUUUCACGGCCGCAUCACCAGAGAAGAGUCCCACAGGAUGGUCAUGCAGCAGGGCCAAGUGGAUGGGUUAUUCCUCCUAAGGGACAGUCAGAGUAAUCCCAAGACUUUUGUGCUCACACUGUGCCAUCACCAGAAAAUCAAACAUUUCCAGAUCUUGCCGUGUGAAGAGGAUGGACAGAUCUUCUUCAGUCUCGAUGAUGGUUCCACCAAAUUCACCGACUUGAUCCAGCUGGUGGAGUUUUACCAGCUCAACAGAGGAGUUCUGCCUUGCAGGCUCAAACACCCCUGCACCAUAGUGGCCUUAUGACCUGACUUUGCCUACAAACAACAACCUAACUGCAUUUUCUUUUUCUUUUUCUGAAAACCUGACAAGUCCAGUCCUCUGAUGAUGAGCAGUGGGGACCUGCCUGUGGGAGGGGCUCAGCGGAAGGUGGGGUGGGGGUGGGUGUUAAUUUUCUUUAAAAUCAUGUUUUUAGUUUUGUUAAACAGUGCAGAAUGGUGUCAUUACAGGGGCAUCAUUUUCAGCACGCUACUGUUUUGGCUCCAGCCUGAAAUGCACAAGAACAUGAUAGCAAUAGGAAUUUUUAAUUGUUCACCAUUACUUCUAGAUGAAAAUUUGUUUACAUUUUUACAUUUUUAUCUGUUAGAGGUGUUUAUUUUUAAGUUUCCUCCUGCUGGCUUGAGAACAGUCCCCUGGAGCUGACAAUGACAUUCUGCAAAACUAAGUGACAUUCUUCACCUUCCAUGAGAAAUCCCUCUUGGUUAAUUGGAUUGUGAGAAAAUCUGGGCUGAGACUAAUCCCCGAUCCCAGGGAGGGUAUGGGGUGACUCCCUGGGCAGUGAGCCCGUCUGUGGAGCUGCUCCCCAGGAAUGGGUGGAGGGAUUGGAUGGGAGGAGGAGUCUCGUUCUCAGCCAGCAGUUCUAUGAUGCAGCAUUUAUGCAGGUUCUGAGCAUCUUGCGUCCUCCACACUUAGUCAGUUACUUGACUAAAAUUUUCUCUUCAUGAGAUUUUUCUUUAAGAAAUAUUUCAUUUCUCAGUCGACCCCCGUAGCACCCGCCCCAUCUUCCACAAGGUAAUCACUUGGUCUGCUGUGAUCCGGGAGAGCAGGUUACCUGUGCCCCAGUGAGUGAGGAGGGUGGGGGGUAAUCUGCCUAUUGAGCUCCCCCCUCUGUCACCGGAUGUUGAGUUAUAACCACUACAUCCCCUCUAGCACACUGCUGUGACGUCAGUUUGUUAGGGAAGACAGUACGGAUUAGUGAGACGUGCAGACAGCCACUCUGGGUCUAACUGGUGAAAAGGGAAAUCCACUGGAACUGCAGCAAAUGCCUAGUCUGGAAGUUUGUUGAGAUCUCCUGUUCCUCUGUUCGAAUGGCGUGUAUGUGGGGCACAGCAGCAGUGCGGAUUGGGCAGGAACGUCCCGCCACCCUGAGACUGAGACCGUGAAGAUAGAGCCAUCUUUUUACUAUCUGCAAUAUGUAUGAAGCUAGUGAGAGAAGAGCUAUAGUAGCUACACUAACAAAGUGCUCCUUAGGGUGAAAUUAUUUAAAUGAAAUGCAAAUGACUCAACAAUUUUAAGUAUUGUUUCAGCUAUUGUAUUUAUUUAUCCAGAUUUAAAUAAUUACUUGAAAUGUAGGGUUUUUUUCCCUUUUUUUCACUUUCAGCAAUUUAUUGAACCUCAAGUUAUAUACACAAUACAGACACAUGUGCACACACAUACAUAUGUGUGUGUGUGUGUGUGUGUGUGUGUAUACACUUCAUUUUCAAGUUUAAUUUGUAGAGUAGGCUACAAUGUUUAUGUAUUUUUUAGUCUAAACAAUCCAAGAUACUUGUGACAAACGUUUCGUAUGAAGCAAAAUUUAAAACUCAUCUUUUCACCUCAUGUCAUGGCUAGUAUUCUGACUUAAGUUGUCAGUAAAUCUGUGAAAAAAUCAUAGCACCCGUGUCUCACUUGUGCUUCAGUAAGAUUGAAUUCUAUGGCAGGUCUGCACUUAAAGGGUACACUUCAGAAAAUAUGCUUAGAAUCUACAUGGCCUUUUCAAAAUGUUAACCAAAUCACAUACCCUUUAAACGAGACAUUGCAUAUUAAUUAUUUUAAUGUUUGGGUUGUUAGUAGUCUUGUUCAAAUGGAUUGACUUACAAAAUAUUCUGAGAAUGUUCACUGGUUAAGCACACAAUUGGUGAAUGUCCUGGUAAUACCUGCUUGUUUUCUAAUGUGUCUUAACAAGCAGGUCCAGCCAGCAGACCCUCAGCAUGUCAGUAUGUUUCUUAUAAUUUUGUUUCAGAUUGGAAAGAAGUUGAGAGCAAACACAAAUCUAGAUCUUUGUCAUUCAUUAAAUGACGUUGGAUCACAUCCAUUUAGAGAACAUAUAUACAUGUAUCAUGGACACACAUGCAUGCACUCACACAUGCUCACAGACUUGUGGCCUUCUGAAAGUAUAUAGGCAAUCUGUUUUAUGGUUUAUGCUGGAAUUGUGUGAUGCAGGUGACUCGGCACCUGGUAUUCAUUUCAUUAUAUAUAAGUUUAGUCACGACAGACAUUUUGAGUUUGGAACAGGCUAUAAUCUGUUUUUGUGUUUGCUUAAAAAUUGGAAUUUCUCUGAAUUAUUUAUGUGUGAUAUCGUUGUUAGCACAGAGGUGUUUUCAGAGGUCUGUUCAUACACAGUGUGCGCACCAUUACUCUCAGCCUGAAAAUUCCAUCCCACCAGAUUCUUCAUUUACGCUAUUUUAUUGUUCACAAUUAUUUCAGUUAAAACCAUGAUGGUCUUCCAGGUUGGAUCCAUAGCUUUAUGAUGUUAAAUGCUCCCUUCUUCAGACUCUUGAACAUUAGAAAUAUAUGGUAUAUGACAACAUGUAACAUUAGACGCAACACUGUAUUUUAAGUUACAGAUCACUAUUUACUGCAUUUUGUUUUAUCAUAACUGCAUAUAAAAUGAAGAAACUUGAUUUAUUUUAGUGCAUUUUUUAUUUGGUUAUGUGUACAUAUUAAAGUUAUUGUAUUUGAUUACUUUUGGCAUUUGUCAUAUAAAAUGACAUUUUAAGAGUAUAUAUGUGCUGUUUAUGCUGGUUUAUAAAUCACAAACUGGACCCCAGGAAUACGUUGUUACAGGAUAUUUAAGAAUAUCUUCAGCUAAAAUUCAAUUUAUAAGCUCAUUUUAAGUUUUGAAAUGUUAACCAUGUUAGCAUAUUACAAUUAAAUGGUGGGUUAUUUGUUUCACAAUUUCCAAUCAGAACACUAUCCUCAGAUAUGUCUUGUUACAGUUUACUGUUUAUCACCUCAACACAUCACUCACUGGUUCUGAUGAAAACCCAGUGCAAAGAAGUGGACUCAUUUUCUGUUGAAGUGACAUGAAUGGAACUGGGCUGCUCAGGGUUGAACAUUGGGCCUGUUGAAAACUGGUCUUUUUGAACAGUGUAAUUUUUUGUUUGUGAUCCAUACAUCAUAGUGAAUUUGAGUCAAGAAGAUGCCAAACAGUUAAUGACUUUUUGCGAAGUUAUCUUUUUGUUUUGGUGCAUAGUUUAAAAAAAAAAAAAAAAAAAAAAACAUUUUCCAAAAAUCACUGUGGUUUGUACAGUACAGUUCAUUUUUGUUUCCUGUACAGUUGAAUGGAGUCAGAUGUUAGCAGGUGCCAGCCACCCCAUUACCACACCUCUCUCUACACUGACUUUCAUCUUACAAUUCCGCCAAUCAUUUGAUCUUUUUCCAGACCUGGUCUUUGCGUAUAUGGUCAUGAUGCAAGACUUUGCCACUGUAAAAAGGAGAAUGGCAAAACAUAGAUAAUAUAAUUUCAGGGAAUUAAAAAAACAAAAGAAAGAAAAAAACCUCUUUUUAAGAAGUAAAUUCUGUAUUCAUAAUGUGCUUUGCUUUGUUCUGUAAAUAGCUGAAUGGCUUAUGAAUCUUAAUUGUAACCUUUUCAGGUAUUUUUGUACAAACAAGGGACUGAUAUAUUCUGUUUAUUGUAAUUAGAAUAAAACAUUAAUACAUUGCUUUA